AUUGCGAUCCCUCUGUGGCUUUCCGUUGGUAACGGGUUUUCCGGUGUGGCGUUUCCGGAAAAUCCGGGAAAUUCGUUUGUUCGCGUUGACGGACGCACAGAUUUUUGAAUUUCGAGGGUCCGCGGACGCGAGCGACAGCGUCGACCAAUCGCGUCGCUCGUUAUUUUGGCCAAUAGGUGGCCACCGUUGCACCCCCCGUGCCGGUGGAUGUUUGUAUUGCGCAGCUUCAGUUGAACAUUAGCGGUCGUCGUGAGAGCACGUCAAGUCGCAAGCAGCUAAAGGCAAAGGACAAAUAAUUUGACGUGUUGCUCACGAAGAAUUUGAAUAGGACGACGAAUUGAACGAAGUAGUAAGCAAAGAUGGCUCGUACCAAGCAGACAGCCCGUAAAUCGACGGGAGGAAAAGCCCCUCGUAAACAGUUGGCAACAAAAGCCGCGAGGAAGUCGGCGCCGUCCACCGGAGGAGUCAAGAAGCCGCACAGGUACCGUCCCGGUACUGUCGCCCUUCGUGAGAUCAGGAGGUACCAAAAGUCCACCGAAUUGCUCAUCCGCAAACUGCCCUUCCAACGUUUGGUGAGAGAAAUCGCGCAGGAUUUCAAGACGGAUCUGCGUUUCCAGUCUGCCGCCAUCGGUGCCCUCCAGGAAGCCAGCGAAGCCUAUUUGGUGGGUCUCUUCGAAGACACCAAUCUGUGCGCCAUCCACGCCAAGAGAGUAACCAUCAUGCCCAAAGACAUCCAAUUGGCGCGCCGAAUCCGUGGCGAGAGAGCCUAAGCAUUGCGCUCUCCAUGCACCCCACGCACACGCGGAGAAGAAACAACCGAACCACAUCCAUCAAUCAUAAACAAUUUCUUUAUAUAUUUCUUUUAUUAUGUAACUGUUUGUCAGACACAUUAUUAUUUUUUUCUUUGUUUUUUUUUUGUUUAUAUGUCGAUCUCUCCUCUGUGUACACGUUGUAUAAAAAGGGCUCCUCUUCCUGUUGACUGGUGCGCUUGCACUUUUUCGACGAUGCAGCAGCAGCAGCACUUGCACGCAAUUACGCGUAGUUCUAGAGAACGGUUUAUCUUAUACAUACAUACAUAUAUAUAAUUACCCAAUCUUUUUCUCAUCGUAGUCGUUUCUACAUAGUGUUUUUUUUUCCGUUCGUUGAAAUCCUUUGUUUCUUUUAUUUCAUAUAACUAUACUUUUGUUUCCUUAUACUAAUUAUUAUUUUUUUUUCUCUUCUUUUGCAAAGUCUUAGUGUUAAUUUUCGCCGCAUUUUUGUUUUUUGUUCUAAUUAUAAUAUAGUAAUACAUACAUAAUACAAUAUAUGGUGUACGUACCGAGAUUUUUACGUGUUAGGAAUUUACGAUUAUAAUUUAUUUAGUUCUCU